GAUUUGCAAAACACCCAACACCGCUCUCUCUCCCAGUCUCUGUCACUGCUCACAAACAAGGGACAUCUCUCCCCCACACACACACACACACUGUCCUUCUCCCCCAAGUUUCCCCUUUAGUCUGAGCCCUCAAGAUGCCCGCCAAGUCCAUCAGCACCCAAGCGGAUGGGAAGACGUUUGAGCAGCUGAGGCAGGAGUGUCUACAGAAGAAGAAACUGUUUGAGGACCCAGACUUCCCUGCUUGCGACUCAUCCCUCUACUACAGCCAGAGCGUGCCCAUCAACUUUGAAUGGAAGAGACCUGGGGAACUUUGUGAGAAUCCCGAAUUCAUAGUUGGUGGGGCUGAUAGGACAGACAUAUGUCAAGGAGCACUAGGGGACUGCUGGCUCCUGGCGGCCAUUGCCUCUCUGACCCUCCAUAAGGAGACCCUGGCCAGAGUGGUGCCCAACGACCAGGGCUUUGACCGCAGCUACGCCGGCAUCUUCCACUUCCAGUUCUGGCAGCACAACAGAUGGCUGGACGUGGUGGUGGAUGACCGACUGCCUGCUGUGAGGAACCGCCUGGUGCUGCUCCACUCUGCCUCCAACAACGAGUUUUGGAGCGCACUGCUGGAGAAGGCCUAUGCCAAGUUGAACGGGAGCUAUGAGUCCCUGAAGGGAGGCUCUACCCUAGAGGCCAUGGAGGACUUCACCGGCGGCGUUGGGGAGACGUACGAGACCAAAAGCGCUCCAACCGACCUCUUCAACAUCAUGAAGAAGGCCUACGACAGAGGCUCGAUGAUGGGCUGCUCUAUAGACAUCACCAGCUCUGCUGAGUCAGAGGCCCAGACAGCUUCAGGACUGGUAAAGGGACACGCCUACUCCAUCACAGGCCUUGAGGAGGUUAACUACAGAGGGAAAAAGGUCAAGCUGAUCCGGAUCAGGAACCCUUGGGGACAGGUGGAAUGGAACGGUGCCUGGAGUGACGAGUCUAGGGAGUGGAAUGUAAUCGACAGUUCUGAGAAAAAACGCAUUCUUCAGAACUCCAUGGAUGAUGGGGAAUUCUGGAUGGAGUUUGAGGAUUUCAAGGCCAACUACGACAAGAUAGAGAUCUGCAACCUGACGCCGGACUCUCUGACGGACGACACCAAGCGGAAGUGGGAGGUGAACAUGUUCGAGGGCAACUGGAUCCGGGGCUCCACCGCAGGCGGCUGCAGAAACUUCAUAGAUACAUUUUGGACCAACCCUCAGUUCAAGCUGACCCUGCUGCAUGCUGACGAUAAUAAUGAUAAGUGCAGCGUGGUCAUCGCUCUGAUGCAGAAGAACCGCCGUGCGCUGAGGAAAGAGGGUCUGGACCUGCAAACCAUCGGCUUUGCUCUUUACGAGGCCCCUGCAGAUGAGGACCACCUGGGGAAAGACUUCUUCCGCUACAAUGGGUCCAAGGCUCGCAGUAAGACCUACAUCAACGUGAGGGAGAUCUCCGAGCGCUUCACCUUGCCCCCAGGGAACUACCUGCUGGUGCCCACCACCUUCCAGCCCCACGACGAGGCCGACUUCAUCAUACGCAUCUUCUCGGAGAAGGCAGCCGGAACCAUGGAGAUGGGUAACACAGUAGAUGCUGAUUUGCCAGAUCCUCCAAUGCCCAGUCUACCAGAGGAGGAGACGGAUGAGGAGAAGGGACUGAGGAGAAUGUUUGAAAAGAUUGCUGGUUCGGACCAGGCCAUCUCUGCAAGGGAGCUUCAGCAGGUGUUGAAUGGAGUACUUAGCAGGAGGAGAGAGAUCAAGUUUGACGGUCUGAGUCUCAACACCUGCCACAGCAUCAUCAACCUGAUGGAUGUUGACAAUUCCGGGCAGCUUGAGUUUCAGGAGUUCAAGGUCUUCUGGGAAAAGAUGAAGAAAUGGAUUAUGCUCUUCAUUUCUUAUGACACGGACCGGUCAGGGAAGAUGUCCUCCUAUGAGCUCCGCAUAGCUCUGAAAGCAGCAGGCAUGCAUCUGAACACUAAGCUCCUCCAGCUGCUUGGCUUGAGGUUCGCUGACGAGAACUAUGACAUCGACUUUGAUGACUACCUCACCUGCAUCGUCCGCCUGGAAAAUAUGUUCAGGGUUUUCCAAGCAUUGGACCAAAGCAAGACAGGUCAGGUCAACAUGAACAUACUGCAGUUCCUCCUUCUUUCCAUGAACGUCUGAAGAGGAUCCAGUGGAAGAACAAAGUAAAAUAACGGGCUUGGGGUGCAAUAUGUGUUGCUUUGCAAAUACACUAAUAUCGAGUCGUUCCCGCUGGGAACGCGGUUAGCGGAUACACUAGUUAUAAUUCAUGCAUAAAACAUACGCUAUAUAGUUAUAGCGUAUGUUUUAACGUUGUAUGCCUUUGUCUCUCUUGAAUUCACUCAAUAGAGACAUUUUGUUUUAAAACGAAACCAACAUACUUGUGCCACAGUUUGGAAGUUAUGCCUCUUGUAUUUGACAAUCAGGGGGAUUUGUGUUCAAUUCUGUUUACGGAGAUGCUCCAAUAAUAAAUAAUGCACUGAUCAAGUUUUUAAAGUUUCAUGUUGACACACCGUUUCAGUUGAUUUCUCAGUUUGGGAUUAAACUAAAUAAAAAUUAUAUUAUGAAAAUGUAA